AUGGAGGCAGCAGCAGCACCAGAGAACAUUCAGGUUGUCCUCCGGGUUCGCCCGUUGAGCGAGACGGAGCGAAGCCGAGGAGACAGGAAGGUGGUCCAGCUGAUGGAGGACGGGAAGAGCGUUCAGCUUAAGAGCAGCUCCAAGGAGGACUUUGGUAAGUCAUCAGGAGUGAAGACGUUCGUCUUCGACUCGUGCGUCAACGAGGACGCAGACCAGGCCUCCUUCUACGACAAGUGCGGAGCAUGGCGGCUGGCGCAGAAGGCGCUUGAUGGAUACUCGUCUACAUUGUUUGCAUACGGCCAGACGGGGAGCGGGAAAACAUACAGCAUAUCCGGAGCAGAGGACGUUAUCAUAGACGACCAGUACCAUGGCGGGGACCCGAGGGAGGGGCUGAUCCCGAGGACAGCACGGCAGCUCUGGACGGAGCUGGAGGGGAGGAGGAGCGAGAGGAAGUACGCGGUGAAAGCUGCGUGCUUCGAAAUCUACAACGAGCAGGUACUGGACCUGCUGAACCCGGAGGCAGGAAACCUUCAGAUCCGAGAGAGCAGAGCACAGGGGUUCUACAUCGAGAACCUGCUGGUGGUGGAGUGCCAGGCAGCGUCGGACCUGCUGGAGGUGUUCAAGGAGGGGACGAGGAAUCGUCACGUAGGAGAGCACCAGCUGAACCGAGACUCUAGUCGCAGCCACAGCGCGCUGGUGAUCUAUGUGGACAGCGUGAGGUUGGAUGAAGACACCGGGGAAGAGAUUCGGCAGUAUGGCAAGCUGACGUUCGUGGACCUGGCUGGAAGCGAGCGGCUCAAGUACUCCGGGAGCUCGGGGGAGAUGAUGAAGGAGACGGGGAGUAUAAACCGCUCGCUCUUCACGCUAGGGAAAGUGAUCGCGACCCUGAGCCGAGGAGAGACGUUCGUUCCCUACAGGGACAGCAAGCUCACCAAGCUCCUUAUGGACUCGCUGGGCGGGAGCUCGUCCUGCGUCAUGGUUGCCUGCUGCUCCCCCUCCGGCAGGUUCGUAGAGGAGACGCUGAGCACCCUGCAGUACGCGUCUAGAGCAAAGAGCAUCUGCAACAAGCCCAUCCUCCAGCUCGACCCCUCCCAGCGGCUCAUCCAGCAGCUGAGAACGGAGAUCCAGGCGCUGCGAGCUGAGAACAUGCAACUCAGGAUACAGCAGGGGAUCCCAGCAGGGGAGAAGAUUAUGCCGAGCUCGAUGGCGCUGCUGAGAUUGCAGGAGCACGAGGAGGCGGGGAGGGAGGCGGGGAGGGAGGCGGGGAGGGAGGCGGGGAGGGAGGCGGGGAGGCAGCGGGAGGCUCCAGGCAGCCCCAGCAGCCCAAAGCCAGAGGAGACCUUCUCUCGCUCCUCCUCCUCUCUCUCCGUGCGGGGCUCGAACAAGCUGAAUGGGACAGGAGGAGGAGACCCGCUCUACGAGAAGGCCGUUGGAUACGCGGAGGGUUACGCAGCUGGGCUCGAUCAGGCGCGCGAAGUCUUGUCGAGGUGA